UGUAACUAGCGGUCGCCUAGCAACGCCUCAAACAAACCUGCUGUCGAGGGGAAGCUAACAAAGCUAGCUCAGUAGUUUAGAUCUUUACAAACUGUCCAGAAACUUUAAGAAAUAAUGGACCAAGAAUUGAACGAAGAGGAGCUGCAGCAGUUGUACGCGUGGAUAGACAAAAUAUCUCUGUCCAGGCCGAAAAGACACAUCACAAGAGACUUCAGCGAUGGAGUGAUGGCUGCAGAGGUUGUCAAAUACUUCUUCCCAAAACUUGUUGACCUGCACAACUAUAUUCCUGCAAACUCCACACAGCAGAAGAUCAGCAACUGGCACCUUCUCAACAGGAAGGUGUUUUCCAAGCUGAACUUUCACGUACCCGAGGAGACAGUGAAGAGGAUUGUACUGAGCACUGCAGGAGUGAUAGAGCCUGUACUGAACGCCCUCAGGGACAAGAUCGACAAGAAACUGGAGCAGACUACAGAUAAUAUACUAGAUUUGGAAUACUAUGACACCAGGAACCAGGAGAAACCUCACACAGAAAUUCCUCGGACUGAAGUGAAACGUUUGGCUCCGCUGGCAGGAGAAGAUGAAAAGAGCAGAAUAAAAAAUGGUAAACCGCGGCACACAGUGCAGUUUUACUCAGACAUGGACCCUACAUUACAACUAAUCCUGCAGGAAAAAGAGCAAGCUGUCAUGGCUUUGAAGGAGACUGUGGAGAUCCUGCAGAUGAAAGUGAACAGGUUGGAGCAUCUGGUUCACUUGAAGGACAUGCGUAUUGAAGAUCUGACGCGGCAUCUGGAGACAUACAAAGCAAAAGGCAACACGCGCUGAUACAAACGUGUACACAGAGAAUAUGUUAUAGUAGCUCUGCGUUAUAACCCUUUAACAUCAACUCCAAUACAGUUGUUAAAAGUUUUGGUCAAUGCAAAGGAUCAGUUCAUAUUCUGAGAUUAUUGUCCUACCUGCUAAAACACAUCACACCUGUUGAAAUGCACCAGCGGAAUUACAGAUGUGUUGUGUUUUAAUGUGUCUUCUUUUUGAAGUAAAGUGCGUUUUUGUGAUGAAAACGCAGGGGUUUGGUAAUUUAAUCCCCAUUAACGUUAGAUAAAUGUAUGUAAAAGUAAUAUAGUCACACUUAUAUAACAUGACAAGUGCCUGUUUCAAGAGGAUUUAUCUGAUUUGACAUUGAUAUAUUUUAAUAUCAUGAUUUAACAAGAGCAGCGCAACAACUGUCUUCUCUAUAAUAUAACUAUUUUUGCAGAUAUUGCAUAUUAUGUCCUUGUGUUUAAACCUUAUCUAACGAGAUUCUACUGUAAAUGGUUUACGAGAAUUUGAGUUGUUUAAUACAGACAGUCGCUUCUUUGUGAUUUUCAUGUGUUUAUGUACCUCCAGUCGUCUUUGACCUUCUGUGCCUUUACACAGCCUAUGACCUCUGACCUCUAAGUGCUCAAUAAAUCAACUAACCUCUUUAACUUUCAAAA